GCUGCGGUCUGUUUACCUCUGUGUCAUCCUCUGACACUGAACAUCCUCUAUCUGAUUAAACGGAGAUUUAAUGAGAUGAAUUCACUCCCUUGUCGAUGCUAGUAUCGAUCAUGUCCUUUUACAUCUCUCCCGCGUGAACGUGAACGCAUCACCAUGGCGUCUUCAGGCUACAUCCAGGACAGCGCCACAGAGAAGGACCGGCUCCUGUCUGCUGAGCGCAGUUAUGGCUCCAGUGAGGUUCUCGGUGACUGUCGGCCCAGAGUUUUGGUGAGCUCUGAUCCACACUGUAAGCAGCACGAGGAUGAGGAAGAAGAGGAGGAAGAGGCCCUGAGGAGGAAGCUCAAAUACUUCUUCAUGAGCCCGUGUGAUAAAUAUCACGCCAAGGGACGCAAACCUUUUAAACUGGGCCUGCAACUGCUCAAAAUCAUCAUCGUGACCGUGCAGUUGGUGCUGUUUGGUCUGAGUAACCAGAUGGUGGUGACGUUUAAAGAGGAGAACACGGCGGCGUUCAAACAUCUUUUCCUGAAAGGUUUCCAGGACAACGUUCCUCAGGCCGUGCACACACAGAAGGACCUGUACAGCCACAUCUACUUCGCCAUCGAGCAGUACUUGGCUCUGCCUCAGCUCUCUCUGGGUCGCUACGCCUACGUUUUGGGCGUCGGUGCAAACGACAGCGCCCUCUCCCUUUGCCAGAGGUACUACAGGAAGGGAACCAUCGACCCCGUCAAUGACACCUUCGAUAUCGACCCUCACGUCGUCACCGAUUGUUUUGGACUGAAUCCACUGAACUACAGCGCUGCUGCAGGAGUCAGUGACUACAAGAACUUCACUCUCAAGUUCUACAAGCUGAUCAAUGUGACGAUCGACUUCCAGCUGAAGGCGAUCAACAUUCAGACCAUCAUAAAUAAUGAGAUUCCUGACUGCUACACCUUCGCUAUCACGAUCGUCAUGGACAACAAAGCUCACAGCGGGAAAGUGAAGAUCAGUCUGCAGAACCAGGCGACCAUAAAGGAGUGUAGGGACCCCAAUGUCAAAGGACACGCGGAGAAUUACGCCCGGGAGUUCUUUGACGUGUUGGUGGCGUUCGUGUGUCUGCUGUCUCUGCUGCUGUGCGGUCGCUCCAUCCUCAGAGGAGUCAUGCUGCAGAACGAGUACGUGCACUUUUUCAAACAUAGGCUCGGCCGCAGUGUGAGCUGGGGAGACCGGAUGGAAUUCAUCAACGGUUGGUACAUCCUCCUCACCAUCAGCGACAUGUUCACCAUCAUCGGCAGUUUCAUCAAGAUCGGCAUCGAGUCCAAGAACAUCUCCUCAUACGACAUCUGUGGCAUCCUGUUGGGAACGUCCACCCUGCUGGUUUGGGUGGGAGUCAUCCGCUACCUCAGCUUCUUCCAGAAAUACAACAUCUUGAUUGUGACCCUCAGAGCCGCCUUUCCCAACGUCAUCCGCUUCUGUUGCUGUGCAGCUGCUAUCUAUUUGGGAUAUUGCUUUUGUGGAUGGAUCGUGCUGGGGCCAUAUCAUGCAAAGUUCCGCUCCCUGUCCAUGGUCUCCGAGUGUCUCUUCUCUCUGAUAAACGGAGACGACAUGUUCGUGACAUUUGCAGAGAUGGAGCAGAGCGGCACGCUGGUGUGGAUCUUUAGCCAGGUCUACCUCUACACCUUCAUCUCCCUCUUCAUCUACAUGGUGCUGUCGCUCUUCAUUGCACUCAUCACUGGAGCCUACGACACCAUCAUGGCGCACACACAGGAGCAGGUGCGUGUCAGCAGCCUGCACACGUUCAUCGCAGAGUGCACGGACACGCCCAGCUCUGGAAAGUUCCGCGGGCCCGAGGGGUCGUCAUGCUCCUUCCUCUGCUGCUGUGAGUGGUGAAGAAGAGGAGGAGGAGGAGGCACAAAGGGAGUAAGCAAUUUGUGAGCGUGUAUGAAGAGGAAAGGGAGUUUUUUUUCCUCCUUAAAACCACUUUAUCUCCACUCCAGCGUCAGCCGGCUGCAAUUUGGUUCCUUUCCUCCAGACCCCCCGCUGGGACGCUAAACGCCUGGAGAGUGAACCGAACGACCUUGGACCGAGCUGAGCUGUCCUCGUGUUUGAUUUUUUAAUUUCAGUUUCUGCUGAAGCGAGAGGACGGACCUUCUCCACAGUCACAGGCCACAUUACCUGCUCUUUCUUGAAUAAUUUAUCGGGUCUUUAUGAAACAUCAGUUUGUGUUUUUAAAGCCAGUAAACAUCCUUGUGUCUUUGACUCAACUGAAGAAUCCGGAUGCCAAUUUUCACUUGAAUGACCAGAGAUUCUGCACAGGGAUUUUAGCACCAUCUUAUUGUCCACAUGGCUGCACACAUGACGGCGUUUUUGCACCUCAUGAUUAUGUAAAUAUAUUAAUGUCCUCUGAAUCUGCAGAUGCAGAAAAGACAAAAGGGAAGCCAUGCAAGCUGAAAUCAGAGCGAUCAUUAACUGCUCUCUGUACGCAUUAGAUCCAGUAUUUUCAGUCAGACUUCGAUCCUUAUUCCUCUUUGUUCUCGUCCUCUGAUGGUUGCUGGAGGAAGCCCUGCAGCCAAGCGGCCAGUCAUCAAUAUGUAUGAACUGUUUCUGCUGGAAGGAGCCAGGUGACGAUGCAGGAAAAUACACCUCAAAAUGAGCCUUUUUACUCUUUUUAAAUCUGAAUGCUCUGCAAAAGGCUCCAAUAAUGUCCCUUAAUCUCCAGUAGCAUAAAAAAAUAUUAUAAGGGAUAGGCAUCUGUAAAUUUACAGUGAUCCAUACUGUGCUGGAUUUAAAAAAAUAAGCAGAGAACAGCAACAGUACUAAAAAAAAAAAAAGUAAAUUUGUAUGUUUACGGCUCCGAAUCAGCAGUACUUAUUGUAAGGGAAGUCUUAUUAUGAUGCCAAACCCUUUACAUAAACGCUAAAACACUUUUUGACUGUGCAGAAAGAGGAGCUACAGAAAUAAGGGAUAGAUUUUAAAUGUUUUUUAAGCUUUUUUAACCAACUCUAUAUUAACUGAACACAGGACUAGCAUAUUAAUAUAUGCAACUUAAUCUAUUGCAUCCAUUCAGCCAGUCAUGCUAGCUUAAUUUUAGCCUUUUAGCAGCGCCGGCUGUUUGCUGUUCAGGUUAAGAUGCUUUCUAAGGCUGGAGAUAUACUUCCUGUUUAUCCUUGCAUUUGCAUUCUGCUGCAUCAUGAGCAUUCCUGUAAAUAUAGUUACCCAUACUUGAUGUGUGCUACUGGAAGAAACCUCUAGAGGGCACACAAGAGCGCUCAGGCCAUCUGAUGUGUGAGACGUAAACUAAAGACAUGGAAACACUCAAGAUUAAUCAGCUCAGACUGAGCUUUUUCCCUCCAUGCAUGGACCUAACGCACCCGGUGUAUCAGUUUAAUUCAAGACCAUGUUAGCUGGUGACUUUCAGCCACUCUUAUAAGCUCUUAUUGGGCCGUACUGUCAAACCAACAUGUAGGAUGCAUGGCAGCCAUGAUGUGUCCAUAUACAUUUAGUUAACAUCAGGUUUAUGUCUAGCCUCUACAUUUCUAAAUAUUUGCUGCCACCUUCAUAAACGCACUUUAAGUGGAGUAUAAGCCCUUAAAGGUGGACGUAAAGAUUCAAUAAGAUGAAUGAAAAAGGUGAAAUAGUUCCAGCCCAGCCCCUCGCUGUCUCCUGCUGCGUGGAGGCGUGUGAAGGUCACAGCUAAACUGAGAGUUGUCUCUGCACGAAAUGUGUUCCAGGGCCAUAGGGCACAGUUUUACUUUGACAUUUUUGUAUUUAUAUUUAAAGGACCAGUGUGGCUUUAGGUUAAAACAUUUGCAACAACAUUAAAUGCACAAGCUGAAGAUUUAGGGCGUGAUAGUUCUAAGGAGCCAUAAUCCAACGGGAGUAAAUCUUUAAGACUGGCUUAAAUCUGGAAAUCGGGUUGUUAAAAACUAAAAAAAAAUAUAUAUCAUGAUCAGAUAAUAUCAGGUUAUGAAAUUCUGGUUUUAAUCCUGAUAAGAUCUGGUUGGUAUUGAUAAACUUUUGAGGAUUUUUGGGAUUAUUUGAUCCUUAAAGUCAGGAUCAUCCUGAUCUCAGCAGAGGGCUGGACUCAGUCUGGAUUAAAGAAACAGAAAACAUUUUUGCUACAUAGUUGAGACAGAAUGCUGUUUUUAAUCCUUUAUUUUUGCUGUUAAAACUCACUAAGGCUGACAAAUUAAUCAGAAAAUUUACCUGCAAUUUUCAGAUUGCAGAAGGUGCAAUAUUUCUCUAACCUGAAAUGUGUCAUAAUAGAAGUUUAAUGCUUUUUUUUGCAGCAGUAGCAGAGCUAUCAUGCUCUACAGGUCAUGCAAACAUUCAGAUACCAUUUUUAGAAUGGUUUGCAUAAAUUGUGCUUUUCUUUUUUUGCAUUUCUUUCUUAUUAAGAAUGAGAAUGACAUCAAAUUGAUCAUUCUCUUCAGUACAAGUAAUCACAAACAAUUUGCAAUAUGAGUCAAAAUGAUCCCGAUCAGAUUUAUUUUCAAAAGUACUCAGGCUUAGAGCUCUGACACUCUAGGGGGCGCCCUGCAUCACUACGAUAAAAGACAAUAAGAAAAACAUAUGACAGAUAAAAUAACUCCAUUCAUAAACACAUUAAAAUCCUUACAGACUUCUACCAUAAGAUCUGAUUUAGGGUUGUAAAAUUAAGCACUUUUUUGCUCAUAAAAUUCACCAAAUUUUAUGAAUAUAAAACAUAGAACUUGUAGUUUAAAGCAGCAGUGAGGAUCUUACAGUUUGUGUGGAUUUGGCGCCCCCUGUGGUCAAAGUAUGCUGUUAGUUUCUUCUGUGGAGUUCUGGUUCGGAUUCGGUAAUCCUUUAAGGUCUGUUUCUGAUCAGGAUGAUUCUACGCAGCUUAUUUUACAAACUAAGACAGGGUUGUGUAAUCUGGGAAGAAAACAGCUGAUCACCAACCAUUUUUAUCUGGAUAAGAACUUUUGAACAACUCAGCUUUGGAGCCUGAGAACGGAUUUUUCUUCUUUAAUCUGGUCUAAAUCAGCUUUUGCUUUCUGUCCCUGCUUUGCAUUUGUUUGUUAUUUCUCGAGAAUCAUUUACUCUCCUUUCCUCACAUUAAUACACUCUUCUUUGGGUACUAUCAUUUUAAAGAGGUCCAUAAUCUUAGUUAAUGUUUAUUGACUUAUUAUUUGUAAAGUCAUGUGAUUGCAACUAACAGAGCUGUGUUACUUUUCAGACGUGCACAUUUAAAGGGAAAUUGCUCCGUUUAAUGUCUGGGAAUGAACACAUUUAUCUCUGCAAACCAACAGCUCCUCAUUUAAGAAUUUUUAGAGAAAAAGGCCAGAUCAGACUACAGCAGUUUAGCCCGAUUUUGGCCCAGUUGCACUGUCACAUUGUCAAAUAUUAACGUCUGGUGUGUCAACACUCUCAUACUUUGAAAUAAUCAACAAUGCAUCCAGGACGCCCCACAACCACAAGACUGGCUUCUCUGAAUUUUCCCUUGUGUACACAUACAGCGAAGCUAGCAUAGCUAAGCUAACUGGGGACGCUAUCACCUGUAGUGUUGCCACUCCAAGACAAGACGAGAUUUUUGUGCAUUGUCUGACAUGGUGCCAUUGUUAAAUACAUAAAAUAGUGUAGUCUUAUCCAGGUAGAAAAUCAGUGUCUUUAAUAUGCAGCUUAAUGGGGACUGAGUCACUUCUAGAGCCAGCCUCUAGUGGCCACUAAAGGGACUGCAUUUUUUAAUUGUAUUUUUGUCCUGGCUUAAUUUCUGAGCCGUAUGUAAAAGGAAAUAUCUCUGUUAAAUACUUCGGUGUAUCUCCAUCAACCAGCAGCUCUUCAUUUCAUGAUUUCUAAAUAAUAUAAACAUUUAUAAUAGACUGAUAUAUGAUCAUUUCACAUGUUCAGUUAUUAAAUAGUCACACAAAUGUGUUUCAGGGCUGAAGUGUGCCAUUUUUGCUGUUGUUUCUCACUAUUUUCUCCUCCUGAUAUUGUUUACAGUCCUAACAGCGUGCUAUUUUUACUGCAUGUUUAUUUAUACGUACUUGUUUGCACUCACUGAAGCCUGAUGGUGGUUUAAAAGUCACGGGGGAGCCGUAGAGCACAAAUGAAGCACUGUACUGUAAAUGUAAAAUGUAUGACGAUGUUCUCCUGACACCUAAGGGACGCCUCUUUAUUACCUCUUUGAUUUAGUGCUAACGUUGGUGUUUCUCACUACAUUUGUUUUCUGAUAUUUUGUAUGCUGUUUAGUUUGACCUCGUUGUAAAAAUGUACAGGUAAACGGGAUCAUGAGGAGGUUUUUACCUUCAUUUGUACUGAAUCUUCUGUGUGAAGUAGCUGCCUUCUGUAUGAGAGAACACAUCAGCGAAUAAACAGA